AUGCAGCCGGGCGGACUCAACCAAACACGCAGCUUUCAGCCCUCAGAAAGCAUCUCCGUCCAUCUCGUCCACCCGCCCCCAGCAUCUCCCCCGACCCAAACGCCAGCACAAUCCGUAGCUUCUCACUCUGACUCAUCGUCGCCCACCAAGCUAUGGCUGAGAACAUUAAGAGUCAAGUCGAGGUCCUCGGUCAGCAAAGAAGUGCUCCGUCUCCGAGCCGAGUAUGAGCAGCGUCGCGUUGCCACCAAUCUCUAUCCCCCUGGAAGCGGUCGGCGACAUCUCGAACUAGACCUCCACCUUGGGGACAAGUCUUACAUGACGUACUGGUUCGACAACGGCACCAAUGAUGGCCAAUGCGUACGCAUCUUCGACGGUCCCGGCACUCGCUCAGGCGAUAUCCUUCGGCUUUACCAAAACUUGCCCACCCGGUCAGAUCACUUUGAGAUCGACGGCGACGACAUACGUCCACUGAACAGCUGUCUGGAUAAGCCCGAGGACAUAGAGGACGACUCUGAGGACGUGAGCAAGCCUGUUUCCAAGCUGCCUCUCGUCUCUGUCGACCCAGCGAAGCACUUUCUUAAGAAGGGCAAGUACCGAAGCGAGAUAGAGAAUCUCAUCAGGUGUCAGGGCGGCUCUGUACCAGGCCAUCCACUCUCUUCGAACGUUAUUCAGCUUCUCGGCAGGUCUGGCGACGGGCAGCUCGUCUUCGAAAAGCUGUCGUUCUGCUGGCGUAUCCUCGGUCACUUUUCCUCCUUGGCCCUUUACAAGAGCUGGAUUCUACAACUUAUUGACGGCCUGGGAUGUCUUCACUCGGUUGGCAUCGUCCAUCGCGACUUGCGCGUCGCUAAACUUCUCUUUUCAGACCACGGGAGGCGCCUGGUUGUCUGCGAUCUCGAAGGCCGCUGGGGGAAUCGGUCAGCGCCCGAGAUCCGACAUAUAUGA